GAGAUCAAUUCAAAUGAACUUUAUUUAUCUUGCACAACACAAUAUGUCAUGUCAGGACAGUGGGCACGGUGAGGACAAGGCCUUACAACAGGGAGGGAAACAGACAUCUCUUCAAUUUAAAUAUUAGCUUGAAAAACAUUCAAGAAUUUGUGCUGACCUGAGCUUUUUGGCAUACAGACACUGUACUGUUCCGACAAUAAAUUACUGACCCACUCAUUAUUUUUAUACAAAUGUUGAUUUUCAAGUUCCACACAAAGUUCUUCCAACCUGGGAAGGGGCCUUGAGAAAGGCAUGUCCAAAGCUAUGAAUAUUUUAAAAGGCCAAACAGUUCAGAAACAUAAGUGCUAUCUGCAGUAGUUGAUCAAAAAUAUAAAUUAGAGUCUAAAUAACCAAAUUUGUCUUUUCCCGUACCGUUGUCAUACGCUGCUGUGCACCUUGUUGCAGCCCUGUGAGUCAAGUGACGCACACCGCCCUGUGGCCACCAGGUCAAAGACCUGUUUGUUUAAAAUCUUCACCCAAACUCACAGUCAGGCUCAGUCUCUCUGUCAGAGGAGACCUCGCUCGGUGCAGCUUCUCAGGAACAGGACACCAGCCGAGAUGCAGCGGGCCUUGUUCAGCCGGAGCGCGCUGCUCGCCCAGCAGGCAGCAGCGGCCCUCGACAGUCCGCUGGCCGCCAGGAGCGCGCCACUGAUGCAGCGCCUGGACCGCUCCAUGUCCUCCGUCACCAUCCCGCCGCCAGCAUGCAUGCUCCGGCCGCUAGAAGCGCCUCUUCGUUACCUGUUUGGACCAGGACCCUCAAACGUUCCGCCACGUAUCUUAGCUGCAGGGGGCAGGCCGAUUAUUGGUCACCUGCACCCAGAAAUGUAUGAGAUUAUGAAUGACAUCAAGAAAGGGAUCCAGUACGCCUUUCAGACAGAGAACAACAUGACUAUAUCUAUGAGCGGCUCCGGGCACGCCGCCAUGGAGUGUGCGGUGUUCAACACGGUGGAGCCCGGAGAGAACGUCCUCGUAGCCAUUAACGGCAUCUGGGGGGAGCGCGUUGCAGAAAUUGCUGAGAGAAUGGGUGCCAACGUUCACAGAAUGGUAAAAACGCCUGGAGGAUAUUUCACCAAUAAGGAAAUUGAACAGGCCAUGCAAAAACACAAGCCGGUCUUGUUUUUCCUCACACAUGGAGAGUCCUCUGCUGGCCUCUGUCACCCAAUAGAUGGCAUUGGAGACAUCUGCAGACAACACAACUGCCUCUUCCUGGUCGACACAGUCGCUUCACUUGGAGCUGCACCAAUUUUUAUGGACAAGCAAAAUAUUGACAUCCUCUACACUGGUUCUCAGAAAGCACUGAAUGCACCUCCUGGCACAGCACCCAUCUCUUUUAAUGACAGAGCAUGUCACAAGAUGUUUAACAGGAAAACAAAGCCAGUAUCCUACCUCUUCGAUAUGACACAUCUGUCCAACUACUGGGGUUGUGACGGCCAACCAGCCAGAGUAUAUCAUCACACUGGUCCAGUGUCUGGAUUCUUUGCCCUGAGAGAGAGUCUGGCGAUUCUGGCUGAGAGGGGGCUGGAGGAGUCCUGGAGGAAACACAAGGAGGUGGCAGCCUACCUGUACAGAGGACUGGAGGAUCUGGGCCUCAAGCUCUUCGUCCCUGAAAGAGACUUGAGGCUUCCCUCAGUCACCACCAUUGCCAUCCCUGAAGGCUACGACUGGAGAGAGAUGCUGGCCUACAUGAUGAAACACCACCAGAUUGAGAUGACGGGAGGACUGGGCCCUUCCAUCGGCAUGGUGAUGAGGAUCGGACUGAUGGGAUACAACUGUGAGAAGAGGAACGCUGACUUGGCGCUGCACGCCCUGGCAGACGCUCUCAAGAACUGCAAAAAGAGCAAGGCUUAAGAGCCCAUAUUCCCACACCACUGACCCUGUGCUCAUUCAUUAGGGAAUUUAAAAAAAAGGAACAUCCAGUGUCACCACAUGCAGGACAGCUGGAACAGUGCGUACCUUUGAGGAUUCACUUUGUGUCAUUGACUGCAGAGAUUUUAGAACACGGGCUGUGUAUCUGUCUCGUAUAAGUGCAGAAUUAAAGAAGCAGAUGUGGUCGCAUGGCCUCGAAGAUGUCAAUAAAGUUUAUUUUAUCAAACCUC